AUGCACUUACUAGGAUCCUUCAGCAAGAACUGGGUACGAUGGCAGAAUAUUCAGAAAGGAGCCCUGAUGUCACCUCAGGAUGCUUUUCCUGCCCUAAAGAUUGUUUUCUUUUUAAAGGAAACCGAAGACUUAAAAUCACAGUAUGAGCAAAUGGUCUUUGAACUGUUGAAUUGGAUUAAACUCAAAGUGGUGGAACUGGAUAAUCGGCUCUUCCCCAACUCUAUACAAGAGAUGCGCCUUCUCAUGGGCAACUUUAAGACCUUCCGCACUGUAGAGAAACCUCCCAAGUACAGGGAGAAGGGGAUAAUCGAAGCCCAUUUCUUCCAUAUCAGAACCAAACAACAAGCCAACCACCAACGCCCUUAUUUGCCCCCUGAAGGAAAGACACUGCAAGAUUUAGAAAAGGAAUGGGACAGUUUGGAGAAAGCUGAGCACAACCAUGGGAAAGCACUCCAACAGGAGCUGUUGAGACUAGAAAGAGUUGAACAACUGGUCCAGAAAUUCCUGAAGAAAGCAGCUCUUCGUGUGGCCUACCUGGAGAGUAUGAGGGAGAUAAUGAGCAAGCAGGAUGCUGGGAGACCUGAUAAUUUGGAGCAACUUGAAGCAGCUGCAAGGAGGCUGGAGGCCAUUGAGGCAGACAUGCUUCCCAGAGACACACGCUUCAAAGCACUUGCUGAGAUGGCAGCAGAAAUCAAGCAGGAGAAUUAUUAUGAUCAGGAUCAAAUUACAAAGAUGCAAAGGGACAUUGCAGAACAGUGGCAAGAUCUUCUGAGUCAAUUCCAAAGACAAAGACAAUCUCUGAAAGUUACACAGGAAGGUUUGGUCCUUCUCAGACACAUUGAUACCAUUGUGGAAGAACUUAAAGAGCUGCAGAACCCACUAUAUUAUAGUGGUGAUGAAGGUGAGAUCCGGAUGAGCAAGGACCAGGAUCAACCUGCAUUGCCAAACGCCCAGAGCUCCAGCGCUACCACGCAACAGGCACUGCCACCCGGCCCGACCAUGGGCACCGUGUCCAGAUUGCGAAACUCCAUUCUGCAGUUUGACAUAGCUCAGCCCAAGGCCUGGGAAGCCUGGGUCAAAAGACUCAAGUACCACCUCAUGGCACAACGAAUCAAGGAUGACGAACCAGAAAUCAAAAAGGCCAUUCUGCUGAGCAACUGCGGGAUCACAAUCGUACAGCUCGCGGAGGGCCUGGUCGCACCAGGAACGCUCAAAGCAUCCUCCUUCGAUAAAAUCAUCAAGGCACUGACCGGCCAUUUCAUCCUGAAGCCUACCCGCCUCACCCGGCAGCUACAGUUCUUCGACAGAUUCCAGGAACCAAAUGAGACGGCCACAACCUUCCUGACCCGCCUGCACAACGUGGGAAGGAAGGCGGACUACGGCGUGCAACUUGAAGAAGCCCUGAUCGUGAAGUUCACUCACAGCCUCCAGGACUCGAAGGCAGGUAGGAAAAUCACUACGGAAGAUGAUCCUACCCUGGCGAAGGCCCUACAGAUAGCCACUGCCACCAAGGAUGUGACCUGUAUGGCUGAAGGCCAGGCACGUGCCCCUAACGUUGAGAUUGAAGAGGAGCUAGACCACUUCGUGUCCCAAGGGGUCCUUGAACCAGUAGCGAACGCGAAGUGGGAAACCCCCAUUGUCACCCCAAUCAAGUUUAAUGGCAGCAUCCACAUCUGUGCAGAUUACAAAUGCACAAUUAAUAAGGCACUGCAGGGCCACGCCUACCCGGUUCCAGUGGUGAGCCACAUACUAGCAUCAUUAGCGGAGGCAAAGAUUUUUGGAAAACUGGACCUGGCACAGGCAUACCAACAGCUUCCUGUGGAUGCCACCACAGCCAAGGCGCAAAUAAUGGUUACGCACCGGGGGGCCUUCAGAGUAAAGCGCUUGCAGUUCAGGCCAUUCUUCGACGAUGUGCUGAUAGCAGCCACCACCAAAGAGGAGUUCACCGGCCGCCUACGGGCUGUGCUGCAGAGGUUUGACAGGGCAGAGUUGAAGGUGAAAUGGGAGAAAUGUGUGUUGGGGGUGCCCUCCAUUGAUUUUCAGGGGUAUACGGUGGAUACGAGCAGCAUUCAUCUGGCCCAGGAUAUAAUAAAGGCCAUUUGUGAUGCACCGACGCCCACCAACAAGGCGGAAUUACAGUCCUUCUUGGGAAUCCUCAAUUUCUACCAUGCCUUCCUCCCCCACAAGGAAGCGGUAGCAGAGCCCUUAUACAGACUGUUGGACAAACGGGCAUCAUGGGUUUGGGGUGGCCGGCAAGCUGCUGCUUUUCAGGCUGUAAAGGACAUUUUAACUUACUACAGCUUGCUGGUGCACUUCAACAAGAGGCUGCCCGUCAUUUUAGCGUCCAAUGCUUCGCCCUACGGGGUGGGCACCAUUCUGGCACACGUAAUACCAGAUGGCCACGAGGUUCCAGUAGCUUACUAUUUGAGGACUCUACAGAAACCAGAGCGAAACUAUGUUCAGAUAGACAAAGAGGGCCUGGCCAUUGUGGCGGGGGUUAAAAAAUUCCAUGAUUUCUUGUAUGGCUGGCCCUUCACCAUCUUGACGGACCACAAGUCCCUACUGGGCCUGUUCACCCCUGACCGCCAAACACCCCAAAUGAUUUCACCGUGGUCCAUCUUCUCCAUGGGAUACCAGUAUGACCUUAAGGUUUUUGCCACACAUGGCCUCCCGGAUACGUUGGUAUCGGAUAACGGGAUGGCUUUCACCUCGGCCAAGUUUCAGGAUUUCUGUGGCUGGAACUUAAUAAAGUGCAUACAGUCAGCCCCUUUUCAUCCUGCCACCAACGGCCAAGCAGAGAGGAUGGCUCUACAAGCUGAGUGUGAUGCCCACAAAACGACUUGUUCCGAGACAGUCUUUAAAGGCUGGAAGCUGAAGCAGACAAAUCCUUCAAGCCAGAAAGACAUCGACAAGCAGUCUGAGAAUAUCCAGAAGCUAUGGCAACAGCUACAUGAUAAGGUGGCCAGUCAUAAAAUCUGUUUGGAGGCAGCUUCUCUCAUCAAACAAUACUUUGCCAAUAUUGAUGAGGCAGACUGCUGGCUGCAAGAACAUCAAAUCCUCCUAACCAGCAAGGAUUAUGGGAAGGAUGAAUCUAGUGCAGAAGCUCUGUUGCGUCGCCAUUUUCAUUUGGAGGAAGAGAUUGUUGCUUAUUCUUCUGAAAUAAGCCUCUUGGAACAGCAGGCACAUUUUGUGGCACAACAGGCUGCAUCAGUGCACAGGAGGAAAGCACUACAGGAGGCAAUCCAACUCUACCAGUUCUACAGUUCCUGCGAAAAAUUCAAGUCUUGGAUAAGUGACAAAGAAAUUUUUUUCCAUACCAAGCUGCCAAAAGAACAUAAUGUGAAAGCUAUACAGCAGAAAUACCAGAGUUUUCUAAUGGAAUUGGCUGCUGGGAAAAACCACUUGGAUGAGAUCCAUCGUUUAGCAGAGAUGUUUUCUAAGAAUAGUCCUGGAAAAAAGGAGAUUCAAACCCUCCAGAAUGAGAUAACCUUGAGGUGGGAGCGCCUGGAAACAUUAAGGGAAGAGAAGGGCUCAGAGCUGAUUGGUAUAGCCGAUGUGAAGACCUUCCUUCAGGACUGCCAGGACACUCAACUGUUAAUACAAGAAGGACUGACUCAUCUUGAGGAUUUAGGACGUCAGAACAUGCCUGCUGUUCUGGAGGCAGAGAGACGCAAACUCAGUACCCUUGAGAGAGAAAUCUCAGUCCAGGAGAGAAAAAUUGAAUACCUGGAAAGUGUGGCCAAAUCGAUCAAGGAUACUAAUCCUGCAGAGAGCAAGGCCAUAAAGGAACAGGUGGAAGACAUGGAGGUUCUGCUGUCAACAUUAAAGUCAAAGACAGAUGAAAAGGGAGCAGCUUUGCAAGCAACACAGGACCAACAGACCUUUCUGCAAGGCAGUCGUGGACUCCUUUUUUGGGCAGAUGGGAUGAAGGAGAAGCUAACCAGUGAGGAAACAGGUGUAGAUGUGGUUUCUGCAGAGCAGCUGCUACUAGGGCACCAAGAUUUGCUAAAGGAACUACACAGCCAGAGCAAAAGGUUUAUGGAGUUGCAAGAGUUGGGUCAAAAGAUAAUGGAUGUCUCAUCCAGCGUCAGGGCUAUGGAUGUUCGUGAGUCCAUGCAUAAACUUGAUCAGAAAAGGACUGAGCUGGAUGAAUUGUGGGCAAAGAGACAAAAGAUGCUCCAGGAAAGUGUGGAACUACUAAAAUUCAGUAGAGAAGUUGACCGUAUCAAUGCAGCCCUUGUCACUCAUGAGGUCUUUCUCCAAACUGAUAACCUGGGGGACCAUGUGAAUUCUGUUCGGAGUCUACUGAAGCAACAUGGGGAUUUUGAACAAGUACUGCUGAUGUUAAAGCACCGGGUAGAUGCAGUUAAUGAGCAUGGAGAGCAGCUGAUGGAGAGAAACCAUUUUGCUUCCGAUAUCCUUGAAGAGAAAAUGCAUGCUUUACGGGAGAGGUGGAAAUGCCUGACUAAUAAUAAUGAACACAGAAAGAAGAUGCUAGUGGAUUCUCUUCUGCUACAGGAGUUUAAUUAUGAUACUGCUGAGCUUUUGAUAUGGAUGGAGGAGAAGUACAAGAUAGCAUCAGAUGAAUCCUACCGUGACCCAACAAAUAUUCUACGCAAGCUGAAAAGGCAUGAGGCUGUUGAACAGGAAAUGAAAGCUAAUAAGAAGCACUUCAUGGAACUUAUGGUGGCUGGAAAUGAGUUGGUUCAGGAUAACCACUAUGCAGCAGAUUCCAUUCAGGACAAAAUGUCAGAGCUCAAGAAGAAAUGGGAGAAGCUACACAGGAAGAUGGUGGAACGAGGAGACAAACUGAGGCAGGCUGGACAGCAAGAACAACUUGCAGAACUUCUCAAGGAUGCAGAAGAGAAGAUAGAGAAGAUGGAGAAAGUCCUUCAUAAUGCAGACGUGGGUCAUGACUUGCGUUCCAGUCGCAAUCUGUUCAAGGAACACAGUCAACUGGAAAAUGAGAUGCAGGGAUUGGCUGUGAAAAUGAGUUCCAUUGUCCUUCAUGCCCAACAAAUGGCUACAGAUCAUUUUGACAGUGAAAAAAUUCUGGAUGAGACGCAAAAGUAUCUGGAAAGGUAUGAAUCUCUCCAAGAGCCUCUUGCUGAGAGAGGCCAGCUGCUGCAGGCAAGAGUAGAACUUUAUGAAUUCUGCCAUUACCACAAUAUGGAAAUGCAAUGGAUUAAUGAAAAAAUAGCAGUUGCCAAUUCCACAAACCAAUGCAAGUCCUUGGAUGCAGCUCUACGUUUGCUACAGAAGAACAAGGAAUUACAAGCAGAGGUGAAUACCCAUAAUCACCAAGUGCUGAGGGUUCUAGAGAAAGGAAGAGCACUGUCAGAAGGCAAGCACAUGCCAUCCCAGGGAAUCAAGGAAAUGUGCCAGGAGCUAAGUGAAGGUUGGAUGGAGUUAGAGAGUGCAUGUGAGGGAAAGAUCAAACAGCUACAGCAUUCUGUUGCCUUCCACCAGUUUUUAAUAGAUAUAUCAGAACUGGAGAAUUCAGUACUAGAGAAGCUUGCACUGGUAGUGAACAAAGACUGUGGUAAAGAUGAAGCUGCAACUCUUAAAUUAAUAAAGAAACAUAAGGAACUUGAGCAUGAGAUUAACAUUUACCAGAGUUUAGCAAUGGAACUAGAGGAAAGAGCCAAAACACUGCUUCUCCCAGGCUCUAUUUACUUUGAUGAAGUUGAUGCACCACAGGAGCAAGUUCAGUCGCAGCUUCAGGAACUGCGAGAAAUGGCCUUCUCAAGAGGCAAAAGGUUGGAAGAAACUCUUGCACUGCAUAACUUCCUAAGGGAAUAUGAAGAUCUGGAGGAAUGGAUCCAUCAGCAAACACAGAUUGCCAGCUCUGAUGACUACGGUACAGAUUAUGAACAUGUCUUGCUUCUUUGUGCCAAAUAUGAAACAUUCCAGCACCAGAUAGAAGCUGCUGCCAAGAGAGUUGCUAUGUGCUGUCAGCAAGCAGAACAUAUGGUGAACCACAACCAUUUUGCAUCCAGGGACAUUCAGAAGAAGCAGAAACACUUACAGAACUUGUGGGAGGAGAUGCUGCAGGUGACCAAGUUUCAAGGAGAACAACUACAAGAUGCUGAGGCCAUACACAAGUGUCUUCAAGACUUGGCAGAAGCCCUCACCCACAUUGAGGAGAAAUACAAGACCAUCCCAGAUGAUAUUGCUAGAGAUCUAAGUGGAAUACAGUCCCAGCUCCACAGACAUUCAGCCCUUGAGCAUGAAUUGUAUGGGAAUGAGCAACAGCUGCAAGAAUUAAUUGACGCUGCUGAUGGCGUGCUCAGUCGCUGCUCUGAAAGGCAAGCAGAGGAGAUACAAGCAAAACAGCAGGCAGUGGUGGAGAACUGGGAAUCCUUGAGAUGUAAAGUGGAGCAGCGCAGGAAUCAGUUGGAACAAACCUGCAAACUUUUCCACUUUCAAACUGAAGUACGGUCCUAUUAUUCCUGGACAUCUGAGAUCAUGAGAGAAAUGAUGAUUAUGGAGACUGCUCAAGAUGCAACUGCAAGUGGAUUGAAGCUGAAUCAGCAUCAGCAACUUUUGGCAGAGAUUGAGGCCCGUUAUGAGGUUUAUACUCGGGUGCUGCAGCUGGGUCAAGAACUACUCCCAGAAGUGAAAACUGCAACAAAAGAUAUCCACAACACUUUGCAGGGCCUGUUAGAAGAAAAGGGCAAAGUGUACAGCACAUGGACACAGAAGAAGGAGUGGUUGGAGAAGGUCCAUCUUCAGCAAAUGUUUUUCAGAAACUGUGAACACCUAGAAAACAUACUGAAUUCUCAAGAGAUGUAUUUGAAAAACAGUGACUUCAGGAAUACAUGGGAUGAGGUAGAAAAGCAGAUCAGGAAACACGAAGCUUUUGAGAAACUUCUGGAUUCCCAUGAUGAAAAGGAAUUGUCUCUUCAGGAGCAGGCAAGUAAACUACAACAGAACAGAGAACUGGAAGGAGCAUCGGUCCAGCACAAACUCAAUAAUAUAAUAAAAAGGAGAAGAUACCUCAAAGAACUCUCCUUUAAAAAGCGAGAAAAACUGCAGACAGCCCUUCUGACAGCCAUCUUCUACCAGAAUCUAGCUGAGGCAGAAAGCUGGAUUGAGGAGUGUAUACAAAAGGUGGAGGACUCUCCUUUUCAAAGUCUCAGCAACCUGAGUGACAAGAUGAAGCUUCUGCAGAAGCAUCAAGCUUUUGAGGCUGAGAUUCUAGCCCACAUGGAUCUAAUUGCAACUGUUAAUAUGAGAGGAGAAGCCUUAGCGUCCCAGAAUCAUCCUGAAUUGGAGGAGAUACGUCACAAGACUCAAUUACUUCAAGAACAGUGGUGGAAGCUGCAGCAGGUUGUUGCUGCUCGUGGAAAGAUGCUUGAAGAAAGUAGGGAUUUCCUGGAAUUUUUACAAAAGGUGGACCAUGUAGAGGCCUGGAUCAGAGACAAGGAAGUGAUGAUUAAUAUUGGUGAUGUUGGAAAUGAUUAUGAACAUUGCCUGCAACUCUUGAAAAGACUGGAUGAGUUUCGAGGAGCAUCAGGGGAAAUUACUGUGGAUGAUGUUCACAUUAAAACCAUCAAUGCCCUUGCUUUGAAAUUGGAGCUACAAAACAAGGAAGAAAUAAAAACAAUAUAUCAGCGCCGGAAACAGCUCAAUGAGAGGUGGAAGAAUUUCCAUGGUGAAUUGAAGGCAUACAGGAGGAAGUUGGAAGGAGCUCUAGAGAUUCAUGCCGUAAUCAGAGAAAUUGAUGACAUAACCGAGAGAAUCAGUGAGAAGAGUGCACUGAUACAAUCACUAGUCUCUGGGAAAGAUGUAGAAAGUGUAGAAAACCUAAUACGGAGACAUGAAGAAAUGGAGAGAGAGAUCGGUAUCAUUCUAUCCAAUAUGGAGGCCCUGGAACUGGAAUCCUUUCCACUUUGUAAGAGAAAUCCAUCCUCUAUAAGUGACAAACUGACUAUGAAACAAAAGGAGAUGAAAAAUUAUUGGCUACGACUCCAGGGCCAGGUCAUGCAAAGGAGGGAGAAACUGGCAGCCUCUUACCAGUUGCAGAAGUUUAAAUCUGAGAUGAAAGAACUUCUAGACUGGAUUCAAGGAAUCAGAGGACCAAUGGAGUCCGGGAGUCUUCCUAAAAGUUUAGCCGAAGCGGAAAGUAUGCUUGAAGAGCAUAAUGAACGAAAGGCAAAGAUUGAAGCACAAGGAGAAAGGCUGAGUUCAUUAACCAGCUACGGUAAGGAACUUGCCAACUCUGGAUAUUAUGCAGCCCAUGAGAUCCACCAUUUCCUCACCAGACUACAGGAGGCUUUGGAUGAACUGAGCCAGGUCUGGCAAGAACAAAAUCUAAAACUGAUUCAAGCUAAGGAUUUACAGAAAUUCUAUGGCUACAUGGAGGAGAAUGAAAGCUGGCUGAGCAGCAAAGAGGCCUUUCUAGCAAACAAGGAUCUGGGGGAUUCUGUAUCCAGUGUGGAGAGUCUGCAGCAAAAACACAUGCAAUUUGAAAAGGCCCUGGAAGCCCAGAUGAACAAGAUUGACAUAAUGACCUCAUUUGGCCAGCAGAUGAUGGACAGCCAGCAUUAUGACUCUGAGAACAUAAUGAGCAAGAUCCAGGAGAUUCUCAGGAGAAAGCAGAAACUUCUGGAAACUGCUUUGGCUCGCAGGCAUCUGCUGAAAGAAUCGAGUCUUCUGCAAAGCUUUUUGCGUAGUUCCUUUGAGGUGGCUGCAUGGAUGAAUGAAAAAAACACUGUUGCAUUGGACGAGAGCUGGAGGGACCCAAGCAACCUUCCUGCUAAAGUGCAAAAGCACCAGACUUUCCAGGCAGAGAUCAUGGCCAGUAGAAAUGACCUAGCUCGUAUCCAAACUGAAGGAGAGAAGAUGCUCCAAGAGGGACAUUAUGCCCCUGAUGUCAUCCAGUCCAGACUGCAGGAAAUAGAGGACCUUUGGUAUGAGUUGCUGGAAAACUGCCAUGAAAAGGAAAGAAAGAUGCAGGAUGCCUGCAAGGCUAUGCAUUUCCUCCGUAAGGUGAAUGAUGUGGAAAAAUAUCUGGAUGAUCUAGAAAGUGAGCUGAAUGUACCAGCAAAUAGCCCUGACCUCCUGGUUCUGAAUGACCUUCUAAAGAAACAGGAGGCAUUAGAAGAAGAUUUUGCGGGCUGUAAAGACCAGCUACAAGAGCUUGUAAAAACAGCACAAGAAUUCCAACAGGAGAAGAAUUUUAUGGCAGAUGAAAUUGAAGAGACAGUAGACAAUGUGGUGCAUAGAUACAAACUUCUUAGGGAGCCAUUGCAAGAGAAAAGUGGGUGCUUGGAAGCUAGCAGGCUGCAUUAUCAGUUCCUCCAAGAUGUCACUGAGGAGUUAACCUGGAUUCAUGAGAAACUUCCCCUGGCAUCCUCCAGAGACUAUGGCCAGUCUCUUACAAAUGUUCAGAGUUUACAGGGAAAACUCCAGAAUUUGGAGAAUGAAAUUAAUAGCCAUGAUGCUUUAACUAAAGCAGUUAUCAGCACUGGACAGAAGCUUUUAAAGGGAGGUCACCCUGCCUCACAAGACAUCAUGGAAAAGGUGAAAGAACUGGAAAUUGCCUCAGAAAAUCUGAAGGGCAAGGUUCAGGAGAGAAGAAGGAGGCUCAUACAAUCAUAUGAAAACCAACAUUUCUUCACUGAGCUUUUGGAGGUGGAAUCCUGGUUGGCAGAGAAGGCACUUGUCCUGGACCUCCCAGAUUAUGGACAGAAUGAAGAAUGUACUCGAGCACUGAUUCAUAAAAUAGAAUCUGUCAAGCUUGACCUAGAGGGAUUUGAGUCCCGAAUCGAGAAGUUGAAGGAAAUAGGAAAUUGCCUCUUGGUCUGUGACAACCCAGAUAGCUCCACUAUCCUUCCCAAGCUCCAGGCUAUUCUAGAAGACUAUAACUGUCUCCAAACAAAAGCUGAGACCCAAACAAAAGUUCUGCAGGAGCAAUUUCAACUGCACCAAUUUGAGAGGGAAGUUCAGUUGGUAGAAGUCUGGCUUUUGAGCAAACGGAGCAUGGCUGAAUCAGAUAACUAUGGUCAGGACUUGGAGGAUGUCGAGAUUCUGGAGAAAAAAAUUGAAGAUUUUAAAAAGGAGGUCGGAUCUCUAGGGUAUGCCAAGGUUCUUCUAAUAAAUGAGUUGGCAUCACGCCUCAAGAGUCAGUGCUGCAGCCAAUUAAGUGAUGUUGAGAAGAGAGCCCAACUGGUCAAUAACACAUGGGAGAGGUUGUAUCAAGCCACCCAGAUGAGGGCAGAGAAUCUGAGAGCAGCUCGAGAGGUUCACCAGUAUGAUCAUGAUGUGGAUGACCUGAAGGGAUGGAUUCAGGAGAAAGAGGCUGUUGUGGACAGGGAAGAGUAUGGCUAUGACUUGUCAGGUGUGCAGACCCUUCUUAGCCAGCAUGAGCGACUGGAGAGAGAGCUAAUAGCCAUUGCAAAAGAACUGGAAAGGAUCCGAGGAGAAGCCUGGCGUCUUGGUGGAUUGUACCCUCAUCCCAGAGACAACAUGAUGAGUAGACUUUCAGAAGUGGAUGAGUGUUGGGAGAAACUAAACAAGAGGUCUUCAGAAAGAAAACAGAAGCUGCUGCAGGCAGAACAAGUCCACAUCUACUUUGACAACUGCAGAGAAUGGAUGGCCUGGGCCAACAAGAUGCAUGCCCUGAUUGUAUCUGAGACACUGACAAAUGAUCUUCUUGGAGUUGAGCUGCUUAUUAAACGGCAUGAGGAAUACAAACAUGAUAUAGAUAAGCAGUGGCUAAAAUAUGAAGAACUGCAAGAAUUAGGAGGAAGCUUGGUGAAGGAUGGACACUUUAUGUCCAUGCAGAUUGAACAGAAACUGUCUGAAUUAUUGGAGCUGAUGAGCAAAGUGAGGGAAUCUUGGGACAUAAGGAAGGAGUUGUACAAGGAAAACUUGGAGAUCGUGUUACUGCGAAGAGAACUGGACCAAGCUGAAGCUUGGCUGACUGCCAGAGAAGGUUUUCUCUCAGAUCCUAUCUAUGGGCAUUCUGUCUCUGAUGUUGAACAACUAUUGAAAAAACAUCAAGAUUUUGAAAAGAUGCUGGAGGCCCAAGAGGAGAAAUUUGCACAGCUGAAUAGAAAGACAAAGAUAGAACUGAAGUUACUGAAACAAAUAGGUAGUGAGGAGAAAGAGAAACCGAUGAAGGUUCCCUCACUGUAUAGAAAACAUUCAGACAGGAAGCCAAGGAUGCUGGAUCCAAAGAAUGCUCAGCACUUGCCAUCUGUUCCAUCAAGAAAGUCCAAGCAGAAUUUACACCAGCUGGGUCAUGGAGAAGACGUGACACUGACCAGCAACAGUGAUGCUAAAGCUUCACUUUCAUCAAAGGAGCUUGAGCUGCAGGAUUCAGCUCUGAAGAGCCAGAUCUCUUUGCCUUCUUCAUUGCCCCUUAACCUGAAAAACAAGCAAGCUGUCAGUGAUGUGUUACCUUUACAUGAUGAUUUUGUAUCACCAAGUGUGCAAGACAAUAGAGAGAGUUCCUUCUAUGAUGUACAAACCAAAGACUCAGAUGCUGUGCCUGCACUCUGCAGAGAAUCAUUAGAAAAUUUUCCAACUCUGCUGGAUUCAGAUUUGCCUCUCGAGAAAUCAGAAGCUGCUUCACAGGUUUCUACAAUACAUGAGAGCAUGGAAGGCAUCCUAGAAAAGAGGGACCAAAUCCUUCCAGGAAGAAAACAGCCGAAUACAAGGUCUUGGAAUUCUUUUUAUGUCAAACUUGAAAGACAAAAACUUGACUUCUACCCUGAUGAAAAGGAUGCAUCCCAGAAUACAACUCCUGUCUUGUCAAUCAGCACUGCUGAAGCCAGAUGUGAAAAACUGCCCAAUUAUUCCAGGAAAGAAAAUGCAUUCAGCUUAAGACUGAGAAAUGGAGCUGAAUACUACUUUGCUGCUCCUUCGCAGACACUUAUGGAGGACUGGAUUCAGAAGUUGCAGAGUAACAUGGGUAGGUCUGUUUGAUUCAAUUGUAUGAAGAAUUCUUCCUGUAUCUACCC